UGAAUGAUUAACCAACCGGUACGGAGGGAGGGCUCAUCAGAUCUCGAAAAAGACGCUUUUCUUUUCUGCACCCCUCGUCAUCAUCAUCUUUAUUUGUUUGUUUGUUAACGAACGAGGAAGAAGCAGAAAGAAGAGCCUGGCUGACGGGUUUGGUCUUCGUCUCCGAUUUGGAUUUGGAUUUGAUUUGACAGAUCAAAGGCGGAAUCAUUGUGGCGUCGAACCGACGAUUUUUGGCAGGCACUCCAUUCAAUGACGUCAUUAUAAUUGGCGUGCGUCAGCUCGCCAUCGCACUUUUCACCAUCAUUACUCAAUCUAUUCUUUUGAUUCAGCAAAAGAAACGAGAAGAAAAAAAACACUUUUUCUAGUUUCUGGUUAAUUUGUUUUCUCCUCUCACUGGAUAUUUAUCUAGAAACCAAGAUGUUUGAUAACAGGGUAACCCGAGAGGAGAGGAGGUCAGGUCAGAUAAGAUUAGCCCGAUCUAGUGUUAUCAGAUUGUUGAAUUGCGUCAGGGAAUCAUCAUCAUCAUCAUCAAACUGAGAAAUCAUAUAUAAAGAGGAUUUUCUGUAGGGCUCGUUUUUGUUGGUACGAGCAGUGAUUGCUAAAAAAAGGUGUUGCUUGCCAUGAUUGCCACUUGUCAAAUUUGGCAACUAGAGUUAGAAGAUUGGUUUCAGAGCAACAGUGAAACUUAACUUAACUUGCCUUAUCUUUGCAAUCUCACCUCCAUUAUUCCCCUUGCUCACACGAUUUGGAUACCAUGGGUUCUUUCAUAGGCCAUGUCAUUCCUGGGACGCUGUUUCUCGUUGUUGGCCUGUGGCACAUGUGGUGCGCCGUGGUCCGAUUUGUAUGGAGCCCCGAAUCAUUUAGGGUCAGGGUGUGGCACCCGGUGCCGGGCUUUGAAGGAAAGUUGAAGUACUUGGAGCUCUAUGUUAUUACAAUUGGUGGCACCCUUGAUCUCUGCAUCGAGUUCUUGAUUGCCACACAUCUCAAGAUUGUCGUGGAUGGAACGCUGAAUCCUGCUCAUAUGAACAACUUUGAGCACUCCGGGAUGCUACUCAUGUUCUUGAUCUUUGGUGUUGUGGCGCUGCUUUCUGAGAAGACAAGAUGGGUUCCGUUGCCUGAAGGAGGUUUAUGCCUGGUGGUGUCGGCAGCAUUUGCAGCAGAAUACCUCCUGUUUGAGUUCCACUCGACGAAUCACAAGGGCCUGGAGGGGUACUACCACUUCAUCCUGGUUGUCCUCAUAGGCCUCUGCAUAGCGUCCUCCAUUGCCGGCGCCAUCAUGCCCACCAGUUUCCCCGUGGAUCUGUGCUGCGGCAUCUCCGUGGCUCUCCAGGGCCUCUGGUUCUGCCAGACUGCCGCCACCCUCUAUGGCCCCAUGAUGCCGGACGGCUGCCUCCUCAAGGGGGACAACAUUGUGUGCCGCUCGACUCUCCACGAGGCACGAGCCGAGUUGCUCGCAAAUUUCCAGCUCUUUGCCCAUGUUUUGUGUGUUCUCGCUGCCGUCGCGUCUGCAUAUAUCUGCAUGGACAGAAGAAGAUUUAAAUUUAGAUUUGAUUCUUCUUCUCAGAUCUUGGAUGCCCAGAAAUAACAAACAAUUCAUCACUCAUCAUUGUUUAGAUUAUAUUAAAUUUAAAAUUAUGCUUUUCCUAACAAUUUUCACCCACUGGACUGACUAGCAAGUUCCCACCGUAUGUACGUUUGAUUGUUUUAAGAGUUAUUUAAAGAGGCAUGUAUGUAUGCAUUCAAUUUUUAUUUUUUAUUUCUAAAGAUAUUUGUUACGCAAUAAUCAAUUAUCCAAUCUGCUACAUUUUU